CGGUUUAUUUACAUCGCUCGUGGUGCGGCCGGAACGUGAUUGCUUGAAAUUUUAAAUUUUUCGCGUAAAUUGUAAAUUAAGCCAGCAAAAUGUUGGCCAGCCUCACAAAAGCCUUUUCGGGGGUGACCCUCUGCACGACCACCAGGAUUUUGAACCAGCAAACUAGGAACACCUUCAUCCUGAAGCGCCGCACUCCCCCCAAGCUGGCCAAAAAGCACGAGAAGGCGCCCAAGCUGCGCGGCCGCCACUACGUGUACGACCUGAUCGAGGACACCACCACCAAGAAGAAGCCCAACCUGGAGGUGGUGCUGACGUCCUUCGUCGAGGGCGUCGGCUCCAAGGGCGACGUCGUGUCGCUCAAACCGGCCGUCGCCUACAACAAACUGCUCCUGCCCGGCCUAGCCGUGUACAAAACCCCCGAAGCGGUCGCCCGGUACGCCGUCGAGCGGGACGCGUCCGCCGAGCAGGAGCAGCACAGUUCCGCGUACGCCCAGCGCACGGUCAACAAGCUCGAACAGCUCACGCUGGCCGUCGUCAUGAACAAGGACCAUCCGUGGGUCAUCGAGCGGUGGCACAUCGGCGCGUCGCUCCGCAAGGCCGGCUUUUACGUGCCGAACGAGGCGAUCACGCUGCCCGAGGCGCCCAUCGAGGGGCCGGAUCUGCUGAAGCAAAACAAGGAGUUCUUCUGCACCGUCACGAUCAACAACCUGGAGCAGGCCAAGCUGCGGUGCCGGAUUCACCACUGGAGCACGGAACCGAGCGAGCGGCUGCCGUACGUGUUCGAGCACUGGAAGAACCAGGCGGAGCCGCUGUUUGGGGACGAUUCGGCGCCGGUGCCGAAGCAGCAGCAGCAGUAGGGAGGGUUUUGCGUGUUGAGCUAGUUGAUAGAUGAAGAAGGCAAUAAACGAGUUGCGUUGUAUCUUAA